UAAAACUAAUAGAAGUAUUUAACCGAAUUUUAUGAGGAAUACCAGUUUACCAAUAUUUUUAAUUUUUGAAGUGCAAUCCUCCUCCUCCUUGUACCUCCAUGCUACUUUCACCCCAGAAUUUUUGUUAGUCUUAUAAAAAUAAAAUGAAAAAAUAUUGAAGCAGAAGUAUGGCGACGAUAACUGCUACACAACACCACCACCAUCCGACAUCGCUAGAGGAAGUCCGUACGCUUUGGAUAGGAGACCUCCAGUUUUGGGUCGACGAGUCUUACCUCAACUCUUGCUUUGCUCACACCGGCGAGGUUCCCCAUUCUCUCCCUUCUUAUAUACUCCUAGUCUCCAUAAAAAUUAUUCGCAACAAGAUCACUGGCCAGCCUGAGGGAUAUGGGUUUGUGGAGUUUGUUUCUCAUCAAGCAGCUGAAAGGAUACUGCAGACUUACAAUGGUACACCAAUGCCUGGAACUGAUCAAAUGUUUAGGUUAAAUUGGGCAUCAUUUGGCAUUGGAGAAAGACGUACUGAUCCAGGGCUGGAGCAUUCUAUUUUUGUUGGGGAUUUGGCAUCCGAUGUUACAGAUUAUCUAUUGCAAGAAACCUUUCGAGCUCACUAUCCAUCUGUUAGAGGUGCCAAGGUUGUGACUGAUCCAAAUACUGGACGCUCAAAGGGUUAUGGGUUUGUUAAAUUUGCCGAUGAGAUGGAGAGAAAUCGUGCUAUGACUGAAAUGAACGGUGUCUAUUGCUCAACUAGAGCUAUGCGAAUUAGUGCAGCAACACCAAAGAAGACCACUGCUGGUUUUCAGCAGCAAUAUGCUGUUGCAAAAGCUGUAUAUCCAGUUCCAGCUUAUACAACUCCCAUGCAGGUGCUCCCACCGGAUAACGAUAAUACUAAUACCACAAUUUUUGUUGGCAACUUGGAUCCAAAUGUUACAGAAGAGGAGUUGAAGCAAUUCUUUUCACCAUUAGGAGAGAUUGUUUAUGUCAAGAUUCCUGCGGCCAAAGGAUGUGGUUUUGUACAGUUUGCAACCAGGACAUCUGCAGAAGAAGCUAUACAGAGAAUGCAGGGGCAAAUGAUUGGUCAACAAGUUGUUCGCAUUUCCUGGGGUAGGAGCCCAACAGCAAAACAGGACUUACCUGGUGCCUGGGGUACGCAAGUUGAUCCAAAUCAGUGGAGUGCCUACUAUGGCUAUGGACAAGGAUAUGAUGCUUAUGCUUAUGGAGCUACCCAGGAUCCGUCUCUGUAUGCAUAUGGUGCAUAUGCUGGAUAUGCCCAAUAUUCUCAACAGAUUGAAGGUUCUCAAGAAAUGGCAGCUAUAACAGCUGCUGUCCCAGGUGUAGAACAAAGGGAGGAGUCAUACGAUCCAUUGGCCACACCUGAUGUUGAUAAGUUAAAUGCUACCUACCUCUCUGUUCAUGGAAGUGCCAUAGUAGGUCGGCCCUUAUGGCUGAGAACCUCCUUUUUGCCACAAGCUUGAAUCUCUUCUUUCCCCGUCUCUUUUACAUGGCUGAUCAUCAGCACCUCAUGUGGUCACAUGCAUCAUUCAAGCCUUUAGUUGGCUAUAAUUCUUCUGACAUGAGAUAAACAAAAAUGAUUGGGUUUAUAAAGCCUGAUGUUUUCUGUUCACAUUCGGCACAACUGUAAUUCCAUGGAAUUCCCCUAGGAUGAAUAUCGACAUAUUUCUAUAUUGUAGCUUUUACUAUUUGUUUGACAUUUUUCCAGAAUUGGUCUCGAUAUGUAUUCAUGUGCAGAUUAGAUACUCUUAAAUGAAUAGGAAAGAAUAAUAACAUCAAAUCGGGGUGGAGAUUUUAAGCU